UAUCGCGAUACAUAUCGUUAUCGUUCUAUCGCCCAGCUCUAAUCUGUGGUUGUUCAACAGCGCUCUUACCUGUUGGUGCUUCUUCUUAAUGUUUUCUGUUAUUAUCCUUCUGAAGUGAUAAUGUAUUUGCUCAUUUAAAUAUUAAGCCACUUAGUGAUUUUACAGAAACCACUGCAUUUAUUUGACACAUACGAAUCAUAAUACCCUUGUUUUGCUUAGGGAAAUGUUUUACUGUCAUUGCUACUGACAAUGAUGAUACGAUAAUCACAAAUUCAGGGUUUAUCCUGCAUACAAAGAAUUUUGGUCCCACCAGAGAGGUUUUGGUCACUCCCAAAGGAAAUGCUCCAGGAUCUGAAUAAAAAUAUUUUUGACUGUUUCAUUCAUUGAAGCAUAAAAUGCAUUCUAGUUGAUAAGAUUGCCAUAAAUGAGACACAGUCUUUGCCUUAUCUAUGAGGCAACUGUUCUUUGGUGCUUAGUCCCAAGGACAAAUUAAGCAGAAUACCUAUGAAAUAAAAGUAUAUUUCUCCUUAGUUGACUGUAUUCAGGUAAAAUCAAGUGGAGCAAAGCUCAAAGGGAGGGGACAACAUUGCUUUUCUCUCUUGGCUUCAUUUUCGUUUUCUUUUACUUUUGUAUGUAGCCUAAAUGUUGGUCUUAUGGAGCCAGGAGUUGCCCUAAUCUCUUUCUUGUGCUUCAACUAUAUCAGCAAGAGACCAGCCAGUGCCUCGGACACGACUAACUCCACUAUCAGCAGCAGAGCUUGUGGCAUUCUGACCUUUGUCAUCAUAUUCAGGAUUGUUUUGGCAGCUGUCUUCCAAAUAUUUGGGGUUGAUAUUGGUUCAUUUUUGGAUUAAGGAGCAUCCACAGUUGUACUGGAAUUUCAUUUCCAGUAAUGUGACAAGUUACCUUAAACUCUUUCUUUAUCAGCACACACAUGGUGAACCAAAAAAAGCAAAGCAAAGGAGUGGAGAAAAAUCAGAGAAAGUUUUCUCCAUUCAUUUGGAUGUAGCAGGAGAAAUGUUUUGUUACACAUUCACGUGACUUCUUCAGUCUCAGUUCACUGUAGGUUUCCCUAACCUUAUAAACAGUACUUUUGCAUAAUGACGACAACUAGCACCACUGACUAACAGUGAGCCAUGAGCUCAGUUUCACGAUCAUUACUAUGCAAAUAGUCGUGACCACUGAUCAAUGCUCAUGUCUACCAUUCGCAGAGACGAGAGAAACAGAUUUAAAUGAAAGCAGAAUGCAUUGGACUCUUAACUGCACUGAUUUGAAAUCAGUGUGCAUAUUGUGUGCAUAACAUACAACAACUCUUAUAAGUCUAUAACUGCAUUCAAAUCUAUACAGAUGGUUUUUUUUUUUUUUUUUUACUUGCAGUUUGUUAUAGCCAUAAAGAAGUAAAAGGACAGGUACGGAGAGUACAACCAUAAAAGGAAGUUGCUUGCACAGUUUGGUUUACAUUGCUCUAGGAGUUGGACUGGCCUGGGUAUUCUCAUUUUCUUUAAAUAAUUAUGUAGUACACAGGUAUGCCUGUUAGAGACAGUAUUAGCUGUUUAACUUAUUUAUGACAGGCAAAAAGAGCAGUGGAUACAUCAUUUUAUUAUUUACAGAAACACACUACAAGGCUUUCUCUCAUGUAAGGGGUGCUACUAUUGACCAAACAUUUCUUUUACCCAAAAGGUCAUAUGACCUGUUGUUGUGGGAACUUCAUGCUUUGAAAACCACUUCUAAAGAUUACUCUCAGCAGUCCUAACCUUUUCACUUAGCUCUGAUCCUGAGCCAAACCUGCCUCUCUUUUUGCUGCAGCUUAGCCUGUACUAGUGCUGGAGAGCUUACACAGUCAUCAAGGUGCAUCAGCAAGAGGCUAAACAAAGACGGCUGCCAGAGAGAGGCUGUCUUAGUUUGUCACAUAAAGAUCCAAAGGACUGUGUUUUGUCUGGGAGUAUUUGAGACAAGUACCACACAUGUAUAUUCUUUAACAUCCCUUCUUGUUUGCUCUGGACAUCUAGGGCAUAAGUAUUGCCUCAGGAGUCAAUAUGAUCAUUUUGUUGUAAAUUUUGUAUGGGGUGGUUAAGUGGGGUGUUAGACUUAGAACAAUGCAAUGUUUGUUUUGUAGUUGGUGUGAGGUUAUGCUUGAGUGAAUUAAACAGAUUUCUUGAUCUGGCAGAGCACACUCAAUAUCUUAAUUAUAAUGACAGCAAAUGAAACCUGUUAAAUUAGGAGUUUUUUUUUAAGGAAGAAUAUUGUCAGUGUAUCUUGUUUAAAUGCCAGUGAAACACAAUAAGAGAAAUAUGUUCCGGCAGUUUUCUAGCAAUGUCGCAUGUUCAGUACAACAAUGAGUCUACUAUAAGUAGUUAACUUAAGUGGGUAGAUAUCAGCUGAACAGCUAAAACAGUAUAAAGUCAACAUUUGCUGACUCUUGACUUGUUAACCGUAGAGCUGUAGUAGCAUCCAUCAUCCUCCCCCCCUUGAAUAAAACAUUUCACCUAUCUUACCCAUCUCGCCUGACCUCUAUUCCAUACCGUUUUCACACAGCUGAGUUUUUCACUGACAGAAAAACCAGAUGAAGAAAAAAGUCACAGCUCCAAUCACAUAAGUUGAGAGACUGGUCUGCAAUCUCCUGGUAACCAGUUAUGUCUGAUUAAAAGAUACGGAGGAGGUGGGUGGAGGGUUGCUCAACCGGGUUUGACUGGUUGCGUGAGGUUUCUGUGAAAUUGACUAAGUAUUCCUUACCAUUGGCAAGUGGUUUCAGGAGGCUGCUUGCUGCUAUCACCAAGUGAAAUUGGUUGCAAAGAGCUAUACGGUGCUGCACUGAAACCCUCUGUGCAAUUGCUUUGGUCAGUAGGUUGCUGUGGUCACUUGUAGUUUGUAUGAAAUACACAAAUAUGUCUGAAAACAUUUGCUGACCUUCAAGCGGUUGUGAAAGUGUGAUACAAACUCGAAAUGGACAGUUUUUUUCAUUUAAAAUAAAAGUCCUUAACACUCAAACCACCAUGUUUCAAAAAUUGCAACUUUUUACUUUGAGGGUGAGUGGUCUGAAUUUCCUAUUUGUAUUACCCUCUUUUCAGUUCUUGCAAAUUCACACACUGGCAGCCAGCAGCCUGCUGUCAGACGGUCUUGGAAUACACGCUUCUCCCUAGCAGCCAGAUGUUUUCAGGGGAUCACUGCCUGGUUUCUAGACCUAGGUGACUAAGGCCUAAUGAGAUAAGAUAGAAGAACAUCUCAGUAGUCACAUUAAGCUCUAAUUCAAAAAUCAGUACGGCAGUCAGAAAUAUCCUCCUGUUUUCUGUCAGUAGAUGAUGAUAGUUCGCUACAGCUGCUUCACUCACAUUAAUUUCGUGCCUUUGCAAACCCAGACAUCUCUGUGUUGCAUGUGUUGAUUCUAUGGAGAAAUGAUAGUGAAGGCAGAUCCAAUUUAUUAAACUUUCAUAAUGAUGAUAAUGGUAAUAAUGAUUUAAUGCAUUAAAGAGGAAAUGUAAUAAAAAUUACCUAUGCUAUCGCUGCUCAUUUUUACAAUCUUUGAUCUCAACAUUGUCAUAUAUCAGCACAACUCUAAGGAGCAUGUUUACAUUUUAUUUUCUUUUUUUCCCCCCAGUUUUCAUAUACACAUAUUCUGAUCUUUGCCCACUACAAGAGGACUAAAGAUUUAUUUUAAAUGCAAAUGUCGAAGGAAUUUUAAAAGAAAAAAAAAAAACCUUCAUUAACCUUUGCAACGGGAAAGAGCUUCCAUCCGAAGGUCCUGGGAUUGUGUGCUGUUCAAACACUUAAGCAUGUGGCCUAUGGAUGCCACAAUCCAGCUACUUCAAAGGAUUUUUUCUCCCAUGGCAUUUUAACAAAGGGACAAAGUAUCAUAAGUAUCCAAAAAGUCUUUGGAUCCAAAGGCCUUUAUUCCAAGGGUAAUUGUAAAUGUGUGGGCCUGCACAGGAAUGUGUUUUUUAAAAGCCUCUUUGGCUGUCUGUCCUGUUUUUUUGGAAUAAGUAACCUGACAAGAGAGACUCCCAUGAGCAAUCUUGUAGGUUCCCCGAUAACGUCGACAUGAGUAGUACUUUAGGUAAAGAUAAAGAAACGAAAGAAAAGGACCCCAAAGGUGGUCCGGCCGGCUUAGUGAAGGAUGGGGGCAAAGACCCGAAGACCAAAGGGAAAGAUGCCAAAGAAGGAAAGAAGGACACCAGCAGCUCAACACCAGGUGUUGCCUUCUCCGUUGACAAUACGAUAAAGCGGCCAAACCCAGCAACAGGUACACGCAAGAAGUCCAGUAAUGCAGAGGUGAUCAAAGAGCUUAACAAAUGUCGGGAGGAGAAUUCGACGAGACUGGAUUUGUCCAAGCGGUCCAUUCACACUCUGCCCACUUCCAUUAAGGAGUUGACACAGUUGACUGAACUCUACCUAUACAGCAAUAAGCUGCAGAGCCUGCCAGCUGAGGUGGGUUGCCUAUCAGGCCUGGUCACUUUGGCCCUCAGUGAGAACUCCCUGACCAGUUUGCCUGACUCCCUGGACUCCCUGAAGAAGCUUCGAAUGCUUGACCUCCGACAUAACAAGCUAAGAGAGAUACCACCAGUCGUCUAUCGCUUGACAUCUUUAACCACGCUGUACUUGCGCUUCAAUCGCAUUACAACAGUGGAGAAGGACAUCCGAAACCUAUCCAAACUCACCAUGCUCAGCAUUCGUGAGAACAAGAUCAAACAGCUACCCGCUGAGAUAGGGGAGCUAUGCAGCCUCAUUACUCUGGACGUUGCCCAUAACCAGUUGGAACACCUACCGAGGGAGAUUGGAAAUUGCACACAGAUAACUAACCUCGACUUGCAGCACAAUGAGCUCUUGGACCUCCCAGAGACUAUAGGAAACUUGGCAAGCAUAAAUCGCUUAGGUCUGAGGUACAAUAGAUUGUCAGCUAUUCCCAGAUCUUUAGCGCUAUGUCGAGAACUGGAGGAGCUAAAUCUUGAAAACAACAACAUUUCAGUGUUGCCAGAGGGUCUGCUGUCAAGUUUGGUCAAUCUGACGAGUUUAACACUGGCAAGAAACUGCUUCCAGUCGUACCCUGUGGGUGGGCCAUCCCAGUUCUCAACCAUUUACUCUCUCAACAUGGAGCACAACCGUAUCAACAAGAUACCCUUUGGCAUCUUUUCCAGGGCAAAAGUGUUAAGCAAGCUUAACAUGAAGGACAACCAGUUAACAGCACUGCCUUUGGAUUUUGGUACAUGGACUAGCAUGGUUGAACUUAACCUGGCCACCAAUCAGCUGACUAAGAUCCCAGAGGAUAUCUGUGGUCUUGCUUCUCUGGAGGUGUUAAUAUUGUCCAAUAAUCUUCUCAAGAAGUUACCACAUGGUAUUGGGAAUUUGAGAAAGUUAAGGGAGCUUGACUUGGAGGAAAACAAGUUGGAAUGUCUACCUAAUGAAAUCGCUUAUCUGAAAGAUUUACAGAAACUGGUGUUGACAAAUAAUCAGCUGACUAUGUUACCCAGAGGAAUCGGCCACCUCCUCAACCUGACUCAUCUGGGUUUGGGGGAGAACCAGCUGCAACACCUUCCGGAGGAGAUUGGCACACUGGAGAACUUGGAGGAACUGUACCUCAACGACAACCCCAACCUGCACAGCCUUCCAUUUGAGCUGGCCCUCUGCAGUAAACUGUCCAUCAUGAGCAUAGAGAACUGUCCCCUCACCCAUCUGCCACCCCAGAUUGUCGCAGGAGGCCCUUCCUUCAUCAUUCAGUUCCUCAAGAUGCAGGGACCAUACCGUGCCAUGGUCUGAGCCAAGAGCAGCUCAAUGCCAGUCCUGAUUAACUGCAAACCCUCCACUUGCUCUGCACCCUUUUGCCUGCCCACCCUCAUUAUGUGUAUCAUACACUGUAAAGAAAACACACUCGUCACAACAGGUGUCGGUGGGGCAAAUAAAAAGAGGAUACUGAGGAGGAAAAUGUUUCUUUUUAUCAUCCUUGGGCAGAAGCAAAGCAAACCUUUGGAGACUUGACUUCUGUGUUUCUCCAGUUUAUCACGGUCAUUUUAGGACGCCAGUCCAUCACCCGUAACUCGUCUUUCAUUCCGAAUCAUACAAGAGGAAUUAUUUCCAUCUAUUUGCCAAAACUGAAGAUAUAUAAAGUUAUAUAUAUUGAGUAACUGUGAGCUAAGUGGCAAGUCUUUCAACCAUAUAAACCAUGCUCCCAUUGCCAAUGUAUUUACGGUAAUUACAAGCAUCUAUUAUGUGAGCAAGGAUACAAUUGUAUGCAAAAACAAACAAAGUCUUUGGAACUUUUAAUUUACUGCUGCUGCCGUGAUUUUUAAUGUCAUCUUGUUAUAUAUUCUUUUGACUUUCCCAUUUUUAAAACCUUUUUUUAAAACAUCAUCUUCCCUUGACAUAAAUUGUGUUAAUUGCUUCUUGACUAUAGAGAACAAAGGUCUAAUGAUGGUGUUCUUUUUUUUUUUUUUUUUUUUUUUUUUUUGGCAUUUUGUUUUGUUUUCUUUUUUUAACCUCUUAAUUUUUUUUUUAAAUGUGCCUAUGUCUAGAGUGAACCAGUGGUUUAUUUCUAAACACGGUUGACCACAAGAGUACAAAGACAUAAAUUAUUUCGGUAACUUUUAUUUUUUAAAUUACUGCUUUUACUUUUUGUUUUUACUUUUUUAGGGUCUUUUUUUUUAAAUAAAUAGCAGCAGGAGAUAGUAAAUGCAUACAUAGAGAAAUGCCAAUCACACAUGCUUGAAAAAUAGAAGCAACUUGGACUUUUCUCCAAAACAGGCAGUGCUGUGGGCCCUGUCUAUAUUGAUUUUAUGUGACAAAAAGGUAUUGAGAAACAUCAGCGCAUACAUAGGUGAUGGGAUAAAUGAUGUUUUUAUAUAUUAAUACAAAUACUGGUUGUUGCCUUGAGUGCAAUUUUUAGUUAUGUUUACUUGUUUGAUAUUAUCUUCAGUGUUGGGUUGCAUAGCUGUCAUCCAGUUGAUCAUUGACCAACAUAUCAAGCGUUUUUAAAAGACGUUUUGAGCUUCUGGAGCAAGUGGUGAGUGUAUGAGAGUUUAAAAAAAAGAAAAGAAAAACAUUUAUAAUAAAACAUUGGCCGGUAACUUCUUGAAAGUUCUUUCUUUUUUCUUUUUAAAAAAUGUCUUUAAUUUUCUGUAGUUUGUUUUCACAGGGUCGAGUUAAGAAUCUUAAUAGCAUCAUGCAAACUAUUCCCUUGAUUUGUAUUGAUUUGUAACUUAAUUUUUUUUAAAGAUAUCUUUGUUGUCCCACACUGUCCCAGCAAUGCUGCUGCUUGUAUGCACUUUUUAUUUGCAUUCUCUAUAUUAAGACAAAAAAAAAAAUCAGUAGUCUCUCAUUGAUUAUUUUUGAAUGGGGGCAUUUUGUUUCAGAAGUAUUUUAUUUGUUAAACGGUUGUAAAUUUGUAUCAAUUAAAUAUAAAUGCUGAGUUUCACUGGCUCAAAAUAAAUGGAAACUUUCUUUGGGGAAGGUUUUCCUUUCAGUCGCAAAGGAACCUGCUCUCUUGAACUGUAAAAAAAAAAGGGUCUCUGGGUGUGAGACAGUUUUAAUAUUCACAUAUCCUGCUUUCUCUGUUGCAAGCAUAACAGCUAACUGCAGUUCAAAUGAGCCCAGUUUAUUUUAAAUCAAUUUGUUUUGGGUUUUUUUUUUUUAAUUCAAAAUGAUAAAAUGUGCUUUCAGUUAGUAUUAUCUCCUGUGACUGUGCAUUUUAAAAAUCCAACAAAAGGAAAUCAAACCAAACCUUUUUUGUUUCCUUAAGAUGUUUUGCAUCCCAAUUCUAUAUUCAAUCAUGGAUCUUUUUUUGUAUUGACAUGUGUGGGCCUACUUUCUCUGCAGCAGCUUGGUGUGUUUUAGUGGGUUGUGUUGACCACUCUUCUCAACAGGAAGCCCAAGUGACGUGAGCACCACAGCUCACGUUGGAGUUGGGUCGGGUCAGGGUUGGGGGAACAAUGAAACGCUGCUUCUAAUUUACCAGCAGAACCUGUUGCUGCUUUUCAUGGACUUAAACAUAUGCUGUUCUGAGACAGAGGGAGCCGAGUAGGGCAGGAGAAGGGAAAACGAUCCACUCCCAAGAACGAUAGAGACUUCACUCGAAAACCUGACAAGGGACAAAUCCACUGACCUUUUCGGUUAAGCAUCAGGCCCGGUGGUUUUCACACAGAUCAAAUCGUUUGGACACAACGAUGAGACAACACAAGGUGCAUAUUUGAGCUUAACGCAGUUACAGUACAAGACUGUCGGAAAAAGACAAAAAAAAUUGUAAAAAGGGCUUUCUGUGUUCACGCUCAACAACACACCGGAGGCAUUGCAUUCCUGGGUUUUAUAUAAAAGCUUUGGAAGUUU